AAAAAGCUCGUAUUUUAUGUCCAUUAUUAUCUAGAAGUCAGAACCACUAAUAAACCCACAUUCAAGCCCACAGGUAAAUUACAGAGCAAGUUAAAUCAACGUAGACUUUAAUGCGAAGCUUUUAUUAAACAGGCGCCUAGCAAUUGAUCAUUCAUUUCGUGUACCUCAGAACGGCAGCAUGUCUAAUAACAUACUGAAAAAUGAAAUCUCACUUGAAUUGGCUUUUUUGCAGUCGAUUGCUUCCAAAAUAUUCCUUUGCCCUUUUAUUGGUAGAACGAAAUUUCAAAUGAUUGGUUAUUACAUAAUUUGCGUGCUAAUUCUUUGCACAAUCAUGCAGCUUUUUCUAACACUUUUUAUUGAAGGCAGCAAGGAUUGGAUCGAAAUAAUCAAUGUCGCUCCCAAUCUGGGUGUGAUUGUAAUGGCUUAUAUAAAAUACACAAGAAUUAACGCAUAUAAAGAAUUUUAUGAGCAGAUAUUCUAUCACUUUCAAGAUGAUUUCUGGAAUAUGGUAGCAACCAAAUCUAAAGAACACCAGAAAAUUAUCAAGACCUACAAAUGGUUGGUGAUGGUGAUCAAUCGUUUUUUGGUUUACUACACUAUGCCCUUAGCUUUAACAGUCGACUCUUUUCCGUACCUACUCAUGGUGUAUAAAAACAAAGUACACGGUGUAUCUGGUGAAUACUUAUAUCCUUAUGAUGCAUGGUACCCUUUUGAUAAAGUAAAAUGGUACGCUGCUGCAUAUAUUUGGGAAAGUUUCAUGACAGCUAUAGUUAUAGCUGUAUUUACAAUCGCUGAUGUAAUGCACGUAUCUUAUGUGGGAUUUAUUUGUAUGGAGUUAAAAAUACUCGGGAAUUGCUUAGAGGAAAUUCUGAGUCCUCACGACGUUGAAAAAAUGCGAAAAGGGCAUAAUGUCAGUGCGAUUCACCGGACUGUUGUCAGAAAAUUAAAAGUCAUUAUAGUGAAACAUGACUUCUUAUACAAAAUAUCAUCUAAACUUGACAAAGUUUUAGGUGACGCAAUGCUUCUCAACUAUUCCCUCGGAGCUAUAUUUAUUUGUUUAACAGCUUUUACGUUCACGGUCAUAGACGUUACAUACAAAAGGAUACGUUACUUCCUUAUGUUUAUGUCGCUGGUCAUUGAAAUAUUUAAUAAUUGCCUUCUUGGACAAGUAUUAAGUGAUCAUAGUAAAAAUCUUACAGAAGCAAUAUACUUCAGUGACUGGCCAAACGCCAGCCCUGAAGCGAAGAAGUUGAUGCUAAUGUUUAUGGUGAGAACUCGGAAACCAUUCCAGUUGACUGGAAAUGGUUAUAUUGUCAUGAAUAUGAACAGUUAUAGCAGCAUUUGCAGCACAUCCUACCAAUUAUACAACUUACUGCGCACCAUUUAUCAAUAAAUAUUAUUGAAAUUAGAUUUUACCAUAAAAUAUCACAAAAAAUACAGCAACUAAAUGAAUUAUAGUAAAAUUAAA